GGAGCGGAGAGGAGCGGAGAGGAGAGGAGAGGAGAGGAGAGAGGAAUUCAUAAGUAGGUGGAGCAGGAACUUUGCCAUGCCCAAAUCUCUCCUGGGUUGAUCAAGGACGGGAAGACAAGAGACAUGCAGCUUAGGCUUGGACUUGCGUUAUUCGUUCUCCUCCUUCUCUCGCUCGCUUCUGGUCGGUCUGCCCUCAAGGUCACUCGCUAUGAGCCAAGAGGCGUCACCAGGAAUGCUUCGCUCGCAGCUUACAGGAGGCACGAGGUCAACACUAGCCUGGUAAGCUCGAUGACGACAGCAGUCCUCUCCAUACCGAGAUCACUUUCCCGUGUCUUCUUGCAUCAAAUGCAUCAGAAUUCAUCGACGAUGAUGCGAGAAGAGACGUCGAGCUUGGACUAUUCUCAUCGUUAUGAGAGGGUGGAGUGGAGCGAGAGCAGCACGUUUGUUCGGUCUGAGACGCAUGCGCAAGUCAAGUCCAACAUGGUCAGGACGGUAGAGCAUCAACACGUACAGCACACGCAAAUCCGCCACGAAAGUUUCUCCUCAAAAGUCUCCUCUCAAGUCUCCUCCUAUGGUACCAGCUCCUCCUAUGGUACCAGCUUGUCGCGGUCUCGUGAAGCUUCUGGAUAUGCAGCGAGUAAGGUCAGGAGCGGCGAGGUUUUGAGCCUCGAGGACGGGCAGGACAAGGAGAGCGCGAGAGAAGGAGUCUCUUCUUCAGCAAAGAAAAUGUUGGAGGAAGAGAUGGCAUGUGGCAAAUCAGCUUGUAGACCUUUGAGAGCACAACAGAACAGCCUUGCUCAUCCGGAGCCAGCAACACAGCAACACAGCCUUGCUCAUCCGGAGCCAGCAACACAGCAACACAGCCUUGCUCUGCCAGAGCUGGCGAAGCAACAAGCUUCUCCUGUUUCAUCUCCCAACAACGAUGCGCUCAAGAGCAACGAGACGCAGCCAGCAGAUGGCAGAGUGCGUUUGCUGGGUCGUAAGUUUGCAAGUUUGGUGAACCUGUCCUCACGGGAGCUCUUUAGCAUGUAUUGGACCAAGGUGUUAGCAACAGUUCUCAUGUGUGUUUUAUUCUUUUACUCUCCGUUACUCUUCUUGGAUGACGAUCGCGAUGUUGCAUAGCAAGCUAUGUUAAAGUAUGUACAAGUCUUUUUACUUGC